AUGUAUGGAAGUCCGGCACAGUUUUCUGUUAUGCUGGUACGGCGUAACAGAUCAGACCAUUCUCCCUGCCUGGACAUGCCCACGACGAAGGGCACGCUCUUCACGAUCCCACGCACGGCUCAGGUGGUCAAGCGCCGUAUCCGUAAAUCUAUUAUCAAGCUCUACAUCAUUUUUAAUAAAGACUGCAAGGGUGCUGGUUACACUAAAAGUACUCCAAAGUCGUUGCCUGCCCGAACGUUCAUCGUGCAGAAGCAAACAUGGCCAUCAGGCUACUCCCUGAAAGAGGAGGUAACAGACAUUAAAGAAAAGCUAAAGCUCUCUAAAAAGUUCUGGUCAACAUUACCCUACAUAAUCUGCAAGGAUGAGCGAGUGACAGCUGGUCCAUCGAUUGAGGAGGACUGCUGGAACGGCCACACCAAGGCGAGAUAUUUGCCUGAGAUUAUGAACGAUGGCUUGACCAACCAGAUCAACAAUCCGGAAGUAGAUGUGGACAUCACAAGGCCAGACACCUUCAUUCGACAACAAAUUAUGGCUUUACGUGUCAUGACUAACAAACUGAAGAACGCAUAUAAUGGAAAUGAUGUCAACUUCCAGGAUACAAGUGAUGAAACCAGCGGCUCGGGCAGCGGAAGCGGCUGUACGGACGACAUCUGUCCCACUGAGUUCGAUUUCAUCACCACUGAAGCUCCGCCAGUCGAUUCUGACAGAAGAGAGGUGGAGGCUUCAGCCGCGCAGCCUGGCCAGUCACUGCAGACGUUGCUCAUCGUCUUCAUCAGUCUCGUCCUGCAGAGACAGUGGAGAUAA